AUGAAUAAUACUGGAGACUCCUUUGAUGACUCGAUCUUUGAAGCUUCAUGCUCCUGUAAAUCUUGCGUCAUGGGCUUUAUGGACGAUGACUGGUUCAUUUACCGAUACGAUCCCAGCAUUCCACCUCUGCUGAACAGAAAAAACUGGCUACAGCCAUCAAUGUUCAGAGUCAACUACACGAAGGUGGUGGAUCAGAUGUUUUCUCUCUUCCCUGAUAAAGAGCACUACUCAGACGCCGGUCCAGAUCGCUGCAGAACUUGUGCUGUGGUGGGAAACUCUGCAAACCUUCUGGGAUCCCAUUAUGGGUCUCUCAUAGAUUUCCAUGAUGUUGUGAUUAGCACCUACACACGAGUCAAAUCUUCAAUCAAAGCAGACGAGAACAAGGUGAUGGUCCUCCACCCUGCUUUCAUAAAAUACGUGUAUGAGAAAUGGCUUCUGAAACAUGGCAGAUAUCCAUCUACUGGCUUCAUUACAAUAAUAUUUGCCCUGCAUAUCUGCGAUAAGGUAAAACUAUUUGCAUUUUCAGUUUAG